AUGCCUUAUUUAACUGUACAAACCAACGUUGCUGACAGUCAGAUCACAAAUGAUUUUCUCAAGCAAUUGAGUGCUAAAGUGGCUGAAGUUGUUGGCAAGCCAGAACAAUACGUUGUUAUUCACGUUUCCGGUGGUCAAAAGCUUUUCUUCGCAGGAACAAACGAUCCAGCGGCAAUUAUGGAAUUGGCUUCGAUUGGUCUAUCAUCUGGUCAAACUGCGAACAUUAGUAACGCCAUCAUGAGUUUUUUUGAAGAGAAACUUUCGAUUAAAACAAGCCGUAUCUAUAUAAAAUUUACAAAUGUUGCAGGAAACAUGAUGGGUUGGAAUAAAGGAACAUUUUAA